AUGGGAGAUGUGGUCUCCACGCACCUGGACGAGGGUCGCCGCCAGCACAUCGCGGAGAAGACAGGGAAGGUGCUGGGGGAGUUUUGCCGGUACUACAAGGAGCAGUACGGUGUAGCGCUCUUCAACAGCGUCCGCUAUGAGAUCGAAGGCAAUGGAGGGCCGCAGGCCCAGCUGCUCCACCGCAAGGUCCCACUGGAAGACCACGUCAUCUACUCGGGCAACCUCUUCCAGUACAUCGAGGAGAACAAGAAGUGGAGGAACCGCUUCUGUGUGGUCCCGCACAACUACGGCUUGGUCCUCUACGAGAACAAACUGGCCUACGAGCGGGACCUGCCGCCCCGUGUACUGGUCAACAGCGCUGGCUACAAGAUCCUCACCACUGUGGACCAGUACCUGGAGCUGGUGAACAGCAGCCUGCCUGGCGUGACACCCAAAUCGGGGCAGUCCCCCAUCCUGAAGUGCCCCACCGAUUUCCCCCUCAUCCUCUGGCACCCCUAUGCCCGGCACUAUUACUUCUGCGUGAUGACGGGCAAAGAGCAGGAGAAGUGGCGGGCGGUUUUCCAGGACUGCAUACGGCACUGCAACAACGGGAUCUCCGAGGACUCCAAAGUGGAGGCUCCAGCCUUCACGGAUGCCGUCCGCAUGUACCGCCAGUCGAAGGAACAGUAUGGCACCUGGGACAUGCUGUGUGGCAACGAGACCCAGGUCCUGAGCAACCUGGUGAUGGAGGAGCUGCUCCCCGAGCUGAGGACCACCAUCGGCCCCCGGCUGAAGGGCAAGGCUCAGGAGCGCCAGCGGACCUGGAUUCAGAUCUCAGAUGCCGUCUAUAGGAUGGUCUAUGAGCAGACCAAGGCCCAGUAUGAUGCAGCGAUGGCCAAGUGCGAACAGGAGCGGCCCCAGAUGGAGAGCACCAUCCGCACGGACAUGGACCAGAUCAUCACUUCGAAGGAGCAUUUGGCCAGCAAGAUCCGAGCGUUCGUCCUCCCCAAAGCGGAGAUCUGUGUCCGUAACCACGUCCAGCCCUACAUCUCCUCCAUCCUGGAGGCCCUGAUGACCCCCACGAGCCAGGGCUUUGCUGAGGUGCGGGAGGUGUUCUUCAAGGAGGUGACGGACAUGAACAUGAACAUCGUCAAUGAAGGUGGCCUGGAGAAGCUGGUGGAGUACAUGGAGAAGCUUUCCCACCUGGCCUUCCACCCCGUCAAGAUGCAGUCGUGCUAUGAGAAGAUGGACCAGCUGAAACUGGAGGGUCUUCAGCAGCGGUUCGAUGUCUCCAGCACGUCCGUCUUCAAGCAGAGGGCCCAGAUCCACAUGAGACAGCAAAUGGACGACGCCGUGUACACGUUCGAGACGCUGCUCCAUCAGGAGGUGGGGAAGCUGCAAGGCAAAGACGACUUGUGCAAGUCCAUCCAGCGCAUCCUCGAGAGGGUGCUCAAGAAAUACGACUACGACAGCAGCACCGUGCGGAAGAAGUUCUUCAGGGAGGCCCUGCUGCAGAUCACCAUCCCCUUCCUGCUGAAAAAGCUGGCGCCAACCUGCAAGGGGGAAUUAGCCAAGUUUCAGGAGCUGAUCUUUGAGGACUUCGCCAGCUUCAUCCUGGUGGAGAACACUUACGAGGAGGUCGUGCUGCAGUCGGUGAUGAAAGACAUCAUGCAAGCUGUGAAGGAGGCGGCCGUGCAGCGGAAGCACAACCUGUACCGCGACAGCAUGGUGAUGCACAACAGCGAUCCCAACCUGCACCUCCUGGGCGAAGGCAUCCCCAUCGACUGGGGUGAGGAGUACGGUGGGCAGCCCGAGGCCGAGCCGGCCGCUGACAAGCGCCGCAGGGCCAAGCAAGUGGUGUCGGUGAUCCAGGACGACGAGGGGGUCCUGCCCUACGAGGUGGGUGCCGAGGCGCUGCUGCAGCCUGGCUCCCCGGAGCCACAGGAGCCGGACCCUGGGGCGCCGCCGAGCUCCCCGGAUGGGGUGGAGGAGAUCCGGGAGGUGCUGGCGAAGGAGAGCCUCGGGGAUGGUGUUGAAGCAGAGGACCGGCUGACAAACGGUACCGAUGCCACGCGGGAGAGCGGUGCCACUGAGGAGGUGGUGGUGGUGGCGGCGGCGGGGUCGGUCCCAGGUGAAGUACCCCCCGAGCGUCCGGCCAGCGAGGGGGACGGAGUACGCUGCACUGCACCGGCAUCACCUGCACCCGGAGCCGAGGUACCAUCAAAGGCUGGUGUGCACCACGCCACGCCGGCAUCACCCACGCCCAGAGCUGAUGUCCCAUCAGGGGCUGGUAUGUCCCACGCCACACCAGCACCACCUGCACCCAGAGCCGAUGUCCCAUCAGGGGCCAGGGUGCCCCACACUGCACCGGCAUCACCCGUGCCCGGAGCUGACAUCCCAUCAGGGGCCAGCGUGCAACAUACCGCACCCGCAUCACCCAAACCCAGAGCUGAUGUCCCAUCAGGGGCUGGGAUGCCUCAAGCCGCACAGGCAUCACCCAUGCCCGGAGCUGAUGUGCCAUCAGAGGCCAGGGUGGCCCUUGCCGCACCAGCAUCACCCGCACCCAGAGCUGAGACCCCACCGUCUGCCGGGAUGGCUUGCCACCAGCCCAGUGACAAGGAGACGGGUGAGGAGGUGGCCCUGCGGGGCGGUGAGUGCAGCCCCCCGCAGCCCGCGGGCACGACGGAGAGCGGCGAGGGGGUGCAGACUGAGUUCUAGCCCCAAGCAGUCCCCCGCCAUGGACUGGCCCUGGUGACACCGGCGGUUGGGGUAGGGGGAUAGGACCCGCUGCGCUGCCAGGGAUAGAGAGUGGUGCCGUGGGCGAGGGAGGGGAUGGGGAACACCGAUACCUUAUUGCCUGGCCAGGGGGGUCCCCACUGCUGCACGGGGCUGGCCACAGCUAAGUGGUCCUACUGGGUCGGACUGGGGGAGGCCCUGGCUCGGCACGGGGCACCCCCUGUGCUCUGCUCUGUCCUUCUUCUGCCUUAUUGUCUUCUUUUCUACUGAAGAGAUGCUUUAUCUGUGCCCCCCCCCCACAACUGCCUGGGGUGCUGGGGGGGGCUGACACGAGCCCCGCAGUGGAUGGGUGCGCGGAAUGCUCCCGGCUGCCCCGGGGGUCCUCCCGUGCCCCAGCCCGGGGGGUGGAUCUCCUGGGAGCCUGCCCAUUGCCAUCCCACCCGGCUGGCUCCGGGAGAGCCGGUGGGAGCAGGGGGCACAGGGGAUGAUGGAAAAACACAGCAGCUGUGGGGAUACAGGACUACCGGGUGGCUCGAACCGCUGCCGAUGGGGUGAGAGCUGGGGUGGGGUGGGCUCACGGCACCCAGGCAUGGGCUCAUGGCACCCAGGUAUGGGCUCAGCAGUGGAGGGAUCCCAGCUCUUGCUCUCCGGAGCUCCCUAGCACCACACACGGAUGAUUUCUCCGACUCUCGGGCUUUGCAGGUUUUAGCACCUGGGGUGCUGGGCGAGCAAAGAGCUGGAGCCUUAACAGCGGUUUGCUGGCACCCCCAGCAGCCCUGCCUGCCUUGGGGAGGGGGACGGGACUGGCGCAGCCCCCACACAGAGAUGCUAAAAGCCCCUGAGCUGGUGGGGGUCGGCCGGACUCGUGAGCGUGAGACACGUGUGUGCGUGCAGAGAGCCGGGACCAGCACCCCGACACUUGCCUGUAUUUUAGGUGCCGCUGUUUCUGCCUCUGAAGGGGGGUGCCCAGCCUCACCCACUCGGGGAGGCCCCCCAGAGUGCCUUGCUUUGGGAACUUAAAACCUGUCUCUUCCAGGAUAUUUUAUUAAGAAAGUUAUACAAAUGUUUAAAAAUAUGCUUAUAAUAAUUAAUAAAAUGGAAAAGCUUUAUUUAAA